AUGGCUGGACUCAUAUUUGAUAUAGAAAUCCGUUUAGUAAAUGAAGCUCAUCCUAGCGGAACAACCACCGGGGGAUCUACCCCUUGGACCCUGCUAGGGGCACUUCCCCUAGAUCCCGCCAUGGGGGAAACCCCUUGCAACCCUACACCCAGGGGCGCUACCCCGGGCCCCCGUAUUCUUGAGUUCACAUUUUAUUACUACGAGUGUGCACCUCACACCUCUUAUCUUGAAUCUCACACUCAUCUUUGCUAUCAGAAGAGUUCCUUUGUUCUUCGUUUUCCAGUCUCCAUUUCCCCUCACGAUUUCAUAAACUGUGAAAAUUUUCAAUUCUAUUAA